AUGGCCGCGACGCUGGACCCGGGCACACAGGCUGGGAUCGGCGCCUUCGCCGGCCUGGUGGAGGUAUCGGUCAACCAGCCCCUGCACACGCUGAAGAACUUCACGCAGGACGGUCGCGUGCUACCCAUGAAUCCCGCGGUGUGGUACCGGGGCUGGAGCGCGGGAGUGCUCAUCGGGGUUCCCAUGGCGGUGGUGCAGUUCGGGGGUAGCAGGAGCCUGGAGAGGGCGUUCGGUUCGGCAUCGUUCGGGUCUUCCGGCGGCGACGCGACGAGAGACGACGUUCCCGCCCGCUGGUCCACCCGCAUCGCCUCCGCGGCGCUCGCGGGCGCGGUGUCCGGCGCGGUGAUCAACCCGCUGGACGUGUGCAUGACGCAGCAGCAGAAGUUCGGGGGCUCGCUUCGCGCCGUGGCGACCCGGCUGGCUCGGACGCACGGCGCUUCCGUGGCGACGCGAGCCGCGUGGGCCACGAUGGCGAGGGAGGGGUUCUACGCGUGCGGGUACCUCUGCGCGGCGCCGUGGUUGAGGGACCGGCUGGACGGACACGCCGUGCAGCACGUGGGAGGAGGACACGGCGCGCCAAACGGUGGGAACGGCGCGGCAUCAAUCGGAGGGAACCGAUCCUCGUGGAACGGCUUUGUCGCCGCCGCGUCAGCCGGAGCCGCCGCGGGAGUCCUGACGCAACCCGUCGACACGGUCAAGACCCUGAUGCAGUCCAACCUGGGGGACGGGCGCAACGUACGGGCCGCGGGGUAUCUCGAGACGGCGAUGGCGUUGGUGAAACGGGACGGCGCGUCGGCGCUGUGGAGGGGCACGGCGCCCAGAGCAUUGAGGAUCGCCUCCGCCACGUUUGUCCUCGCGACGGUGAACGAGCGGGCGGGGGAGUACGCGGCGGGGGCGUCGUGGGCGGUGGACGGGGUGGCGGAAGCGAACCCAUCGUAG